AAUAAAACACUUAAUUAGAAGUGAUUUUAUGUAAUAAUUAUAACUUUGUUGUGACUGGGAGCCUUAAUUUAACACUUUAAAUAUAACAUAUUCCAUGUUUAGCGAUCAUCCAAGAGUGAUGGGAGGUUGUAGUCCCACUAAUGAGUAACUGAUGUUCAGUCAUCUUUUAGCAAUAGUUCCUCAGGCUCUUGUCAUGUACAUUUCAAACUCCUAGAGGUGGUGUGCUCUGACUGAAGGAGUUACUCAGGCACUUGUAUGAUUCCAUGCAUUUUAUGUUAAUUUAACAAAACAAAACCUUAACAGUUGUGAUUAAAAAAAGUGGUUAUUAAAUAUUUCUUCCUUGACAUUUAAACCCUCUUCCCCUUUAAAACUUAACAAUAGUUUUAUGGUUUUGUGAAACACUACCUUCCUUAAAUUUCAACCAAACUUAGUAGCCAUGCAUUUUAGGCCCUUUGUCAGUAUUUAUUCAGGGGAGCAUUCAUCAUAGAAGAACUUUAAAAGUCUGAAAAGCGUGCCAUAUUAACAGUAUGAAUAACAAACAAUUUCCAUACUUACACAGGAGCUGUUGUUGAGUUCAGGGAAAGGGGUUUCUGAUUCCCUUAUUAUUGUGUCCUAAGAACAAAAAUAAAAAGAGAAUUCUAGCAAUGGCUGGUUUGAACAAAACAGCAGAUAAAAGUAAGGAGAUUGGAAAGUAGAUGCCCAUAGCAUUGUGGGAGUUUUUCAGUUGAGAGGAGUACUUGGUUGGUGAGAGAAUCACCUUGAAGGUAGGACAGGUUUUGAGCUUAUAAACAGACUCUUCUGUUACAUGACUUUUUUUUUUUUUUUUUUUUUUUUGUGAGAACUGUUAAGAAAAUAGUGAGAUUUUAAUUUCUUGGGAUUUUUUGUUUGUUUGUUUGAUAAGCUGUUUUAGGAUUUCAGAAGUGGUUGGUUUGCUUUCAAGUGUCUAGAGUAGACAGGUCUUGUUCUCUCAAGCUCUAAAAGCCCCUCUCUGCAGAAUCUUGUGUGUUUUCAUUUUGGUGUCGAGAAUCUUGGUAAGUCUCAUUCUAUCUUCAGAGUAGUGACAGUCACAGAAGGCUUAAGUGCUCUGUUCUGAUCAGGCUGCUGCUUUCUGUGUGAGUCAUUUUAGAAAGAAGGAAGGGUUGAGUGUAUUUCAGGCUGACACUUCUGAGGCAUUAGAAAGAACACAGCUUUUUCUCAUAUUGUGAACAAAUGAAGUGGCUAUUUUGGUGGGUUUUUAAUUUUGAUUGAAUUACCUUUUCCGAUGAGAAUUUUAGUCUGAGAUGUAGACAAAGAUUAUUAACAAUUAUUGAAGGGCUCAUAAAAUGGUUCAGCAGAUAAAGGUGCUUGCUGCCAAGCCUGAUGACCUGAGUUCAAUCUCAAAACUCCACAUGGAAGAAGGAGAAAAUUGACUCCUGAAAACACACACACACAAAAUGUUAAAAAAAAAAAAAAAAAAAAAGUUAGAGAUGGUGGCAUAUAUCUUUAAUCCCAAUGCUCAGGAAUCAGAGACAGGUAGAUCUUUGUGAGUUCCAGAACAACCAGGCCUGCACAGAGAAACCAUGUCUCAAAAAACAACAGCAAAGAAUAUAAUUCCAGCCUGGCAUGGUGGCACACAUCUUUAAUCCCAGCACUCAGGAGGCAGAGGCAGUUGGACCUCUUGAGUUUGAGGCUAACAUGGUGUACAGAGCAAGUUCCAGGACAACCAGGGGUACAUAGAAAAACCCUGUCUGAAAAAAAAUAAAGAAAAUAAAAAGAAAGAAUUUCUUAGUAAAUACUUUUACAAAGAUUCUCCACCAGAAAGAUCUUCAGAAAGUUCAUAGGGUGUGGUGGAUCACGCCUCUAAUCCCAACAGAUUAAAAAAUGGUAAGGUUGAAUGGCUCAAAUUUAGCAAUUUCAUGACAUUAUAGUUAUAAACUAGUCUGUAUUUUUGUUAAAUAUUAGUCUGGAUUUUUUGUUUGUAUAUGUAUUUUAUAAGUGUGUAGGUGUAUUUGUGUGUGCAAGUGUAUAUAGAUAAGAGGUUACUAUCAAGUAUCUUCAUACAUCACUUUACACCUAAUUACAUUAAGGUGGAAUUUCUCACUGGAACAUAGAGUUCACCAAUCUUGCUAGUCUAGCCAGCUUAUCUUGAGUAUCCUGUCUCUGCUUCCCAAGCACUGAAAUUACAGGUGAGCUGCCAUACUGUCCCAGCAUUUAUGUGGGUGCUUAGAGAUCUGAACUUGGGUCCUUUCACUUGUAUGAUAGCAUGUUAUCUGCUGAGCCAUCUCCCCAGCCCCAGUAUUUGAAUUUUCUUAUGGGCCUACAAUUGUAAGCAUAUUUUUUUUUUAAUAAGGCUUUUUUGUUGAGGUAAUCUAUUCUUGAAUAUUAGCUUAUACAGGAAGUUAGCUUUCCUAAAUUGAAAAAAAGCUAUUUGGCAAUUGGCAACACAUAACACAUUUUUAUUUUUGUUUGUGUUGUUUCUUGUCGUAAGGACAAGAAUAGUCUGAUAGCUGUGUUGAAGGGUUUUUACAGGAGAUGUCUCUGUAGGUAGUUUAUACCAUGCUUGAUUUAUAGAAGAUGUGGAGUAUAUGGUGGUCUAUUAAUUAUUUAAUAUGAAAAUAUUAUUUUUCCUAAUUUAUAUAGCUUACACCCCUCCUGUUUCUUGAGCUUAGGGUCAUAUGCAAAUUUUGAUAUAGAAAUAAUUCAACUACCAAAUUAAAUGCAUGUGUGCCGUGUAGAUAAUAGUUACUGUGAAGUGACUUACAAUAGCUUUCCCUAAUCAUCAAAAUCUGUCAUUUUGAUUGCACUUAAUAAAUUACUUCUAAACUGAUCUAAAAUAUGCUUGUGUAUACUUACAAUUACAUUGCAUGGCUCUCUUACUUGGGUUCUUGUUGUAAACAUGCCUGUUUUGUUCAUGUGUCUUGAGAGAACAAGCAUUGUGACAUACCUGGCUAAUUUAAAAUAGAUUGCCUGUGAAGCACAAUUUGAGUCCAGUUUUUUGAGGUAUGGAGUUUUAGCUAUCAUGGCUGGGUUUUUACUCAAUCUCAAAUAAUAGGGCUCUGGUUAUUUUGCAGAGUGUCUCUGAAGAAUGGACAGAAUUGCCCUGGCUAACUACAAGCUACGGUUCACAGUGGAUAAAUAGAUGCCCGCGUGGUAAAAGACAUGGCUACGGGGAAGUCUAAGGGAUAUGGCUUUGUCUCCUUUUUCAACAAAUGGGAUGCAGAAAAUGCCAUUCAGCAGAUGGGUGGCCAGUGGCUUGGUGGAAGACAAAUCAGAACUAACUGGGCAACCCGAAAGCCUCCAGCUCCAAAGAGUACAUAUGAGUCGAACACCAAACAGCUGUCAUAUGAUGAGGUUGUAAGUCAGUCUAGCCCCAGCAACUGCACUGUGUACUGUGGAGGGGUGACUUCAGGAUUGACAGAACAACUAAUGCGUCAAACUUUUUCUCCAUUUGGACAAAUAAUGGAAAUUCGAGUCUUCCCAGAUAAAGGAUAUUCAUUUGUUCGGUUCAAUUCCCAUGAAAGUGCAGCACAUGCGAUUGUUUCUGUUAAUGGUACUGCCAUUGAAGGGCAUGUGGUGAAAUGCUAUUGGGGCAAAGAGACUCUUGAUAUGAUAAAUCCCGUACAACAGCAAAAUCAAAUUGGAUACCCACCAGCAUAUGGCCAGUGGGGCCAAUGGUAUGGAAAUGCACAACAGAUUGGCCAGUAUGUGCCUAAUGGUUGGCAAGUACCUGCCUAUGGAAUGUAUGGCCAGCCGUGGAGCCAGCAGGGAUUCAAUCAGACCCAGUCUUCUGCGCCAUGGAUGGGACCCAAUUACAGUGUGCAGCCACCUCAAGGGCAGAAUGGCAGCAUGCUACCUAAUCAGCCUGCUGGGUAUCGAGUGGCAGGGUAUGAAACCCAGUGAAAACAGACCACAGAAUGGAAGACAGUGGCAUGAAGCCACAGGGAGGGUAGGAAAGUUGUUGUUUACGUAAAGAUUUAUCAAAUCAGUCAGUACAAAUGCCAGAUACAAUGUAUUUAUUUAAAUUCUUUUAAUCAUGAAAUUACUUUUCAUCCACAUUGUUUUAAAAAGGAACAAGAUGGUGGAUGUCUGCCAAUUUUUGCCUUCAUUAUCUUUUUUGAUAAGGUUUCUCAGAUCCUUGUUUCAAAGACAAAUGCAGGGAUUGCUGCCACUUUUUUAAAAAAUAAGAGGCAGAAAAUUGCACAAUGUUGAACUUUUUUCCACUAAAAUAGCGUGCAGUUUUAGUUUGCAUUCCUGAUGAUUUAAAACAUGUAAUAUAGAUGUAAAAAGAAAAGCCAAACUUGUGCAAAGUCUAAGAGUUCUUUAUGGCUUUCAGCACAGUUCUGUGUUAGGUUUAAAGAGUAGGCAUUGUGUGAGCUAUACCAUCUCCACUGUCAUCCCUUUGAAAAUUUUAAAUGUAAAUUAUUAGUUUAUAUAAUUUUAUAUCUACAUUUUUUUCAUAAAUUUGUCCUGCCUUAUGAAAAUUCUGUAAAAUAUUCUUAAAUGAAAAGAAAUGAUGUUCACUUAGAUUGCAAACUUUUCUCAGAUGGACUGAUAAUUGCAUUCAUCUUGUUUUUAUAUGAGAAGGUGCCUCAAGGAUUCCCUUUUGGAUUUGUUUAAAAGGAUUUUUAUCUUCUGUGAUAAACUUUGCCAUGUACUAGGAACUAGAAAAACAAGAGAUUUGUUACUAAAGAGCAUCUGCAAUGUGAUAAGUGGUCACCUACAUCCGUUCAUGUGUCAACGUCUACGUUUACAUGUGCUAUUUUCUAAAAUAUUUCAGCAGUUAGCAAACUUUGUAUGUCAUUUUCUUCCUAUAGGUGUCAUGAAGAGUAGACGUGAGAGAGGUUUUACAUUUAUUUGCAUGUGAAUAUCACAUACAUACUUUGGUAGUCUUUGAUACAAACUCAUCUGCUCUUGUUUUUCAAGAAUUUUGAGACACAAAGUUGUAUGUAAAGGAAUAUAUUAGUUUGAUGUUUUCUAGUUAGAUUUACUUUAAAAAGUAAAUCCACUUUAAUAUGUAUAAAUGAUAGCUGUGAAACUGUAAAAUAUUCCUCUGUCAGGCUUGGGAUUCAUUAAGAACUCCAAAAUCAGCCAGGCAAAACAUUUUUUUAAAAUAUUCAGAGGCCAAAAUAUGAACAAACAAACAAACCCUUAAAAAUCCUACCUCCUUAAGUAGCCUUCCAGGAAGAGGCUCCUCAGCACAGACCAGAUGUGACUUUGGUUCUUUGGUACCUGAUCUCUUGGAGCUCCCACAUUAUUAUUUUUGAGGUUUUCUCUUUGCUGGCAUUGUUCUAGCCUGGGGUUUCUAGUAUAUUUCAGAGUCUCUUGGUUUGGUUUGGUUUCAGUGAUGACCAUAACCUCCUCCUUGACAACAGAGAGGAAGGAGUCCCUGUGAAUUGUGGGUUUUGAGACCUGCAGAGAGCUCCCAGCAUUUUACUUAGGCCUGUGGAAUUGGAAGCAUUUCCUGGCCUGUAUCUUCCAGGUAGGAGCACAUGACUCUAACCUGUUUUCUAAGCCAGUCCCCUUGUAAAGCAGAGCCCAGGAAGACAAUUGUGUGCUUCUUUGGAGCUCAGUUCUAUGCAGUUGUGCUAAUGUUUCAUUAAGUCACUGUGUAUUUUUAAGUACUAAUACAUUGAAAUUUGCUUUAUGAAGAUGAAUAAAUUUUUUAAAUACUUGGAAAUUUUAUUUCUUUGUAAACUUCUACAGAUCAGGACAAGCAAUAAAAACAGCUUAAAUGAAAUACUAAAAACAAAAAGCCUACACAUCAGGAAGAUAUUUUGUUUUUCUGGAUUUGUUUCUAUUUUAGCAUCCUCAAUAUUUUUCUCUGUUUAAAAAUUUUACUUCUUUUGCAGCUUUAGGCAGGAUCUUUUGGGCACAAGUAAUUUAUUUUGUGCAAAAGUGUAAUUUCUCUCUUUUAACUCCUUCGAGUCCUGAGCUCUUUUAUUUGCAGCAUGUUGUUAUUGCACAGAUCUUAAAAUUCACAUUGAUUUGCUGUUGAGGUGGUGGUGGUGCUGUGUUCCUGAUGACAUUUCAGGAACAUAGCUGGUAUUGGUUUAAAUCAUUUCUCAACCUAAAAAUUUUCAUCCUGGUAUAAGUAUCAGGUAAGAAAAUGAAGGUUUUAAAAAGUGAACUUCUUUGCAAUAUGCAUUCAGGUUUUACCUUCUGGUACUGUAAAGAACCUGAGUGACUCUCAGUGGGUCACGGAACCAGUAUUCUUUAUCCUGACUGUUUGGAUAUUAAAAUUCCUUUAUGUUUUCUAUGACCUGUGGGAUCUUUUUGCAGUAAUUAUUGUGUGUUAAGAUUUUUUUUUCUGGUGUACUCAUGUUAACCCUCACUCAGGUGUUUCUUAAGAGUUCAUUCACCAUAUCCCAGAAGCCAUGGUCUGUAUUGAGUUCCAGAGGCUCUGCACUCUGCAGACUUGGCUAACUGUGAAGCCGGAGUUUAAUCUUCCUGUUGAAAAUGAGACGCAACAGUCUAAGUUUUCUUCUCUUAUCCCUGUGCUCACCUUCCUUUUAGAUUUGUACUAGAGUCCCCAUCCAUUUUCAGAGGACUAGCUUGCAUCUACAGAGGGCAUAGUUAGACUUAAUAAGGGCUACACCUCCUGCUGAGAUUAUAGUUGAGCUAGAGAAACAAAAUGUUUAUAGGAAAUUUUAAAAAGCAAACCUUUUAAAUGAGUGAUGAUUUCUUUUUUGUCUGUUCUGUUUUGUUUUUUUUGAGACAGGUUUUUUCUGUGUAGUCUUGUCUGUUUUUGAUUCGAUUUGUGGACCAGGCCAGCCCCGAACUCAGCAGAGAUCUGCCUGCCCCUACUUCCCCAAGUGCUGAGAUUACAGGUGUCUGCCACCAUGCUCAGUUUGAGUGAUGAUUUCUAAACACUUUUAUUUAUUGGUCUAGGGAACCUGCCUUAGCAGGUAAAAGUGAUUGCCACCAAGCCUGAAGACCUGAGUGUGAUUCCCGUAAUGCACUUGGUAGAAAUAGAGAACUUGCCCUCAGCAAGUUGUCUUAUUACCUCAACAUGUGUGCAGCCUCCCUCCAUGGCCACAUAUACAAAUAAAUGCUUACAACUGUUGUUAAUAA